AAAUGGCUGGAAGAAACUAAGCGGAACGAAACUGUUGCUAAGAUGAGCCUUCCAAUAAUCGAAGAUCCAGUUGCCAUUCCCGGAGUUCCUGCAGUUCGAAGCGAGGGCUGUAUAUCGGCGGCUACCGGAAAGGGAACAAAGCGAAUCACUUCUACAGUCAAGUCCUCGAAGCCCAGGACAUACGAGGAGUGGUCAAAGAUUGAGAAGGAACUUGAAAAGGAGCUUGAGGAGCAGGAAGGUAAAAACGCCAAAGACUUCGAAGGUGCUGCAGCCUCAAACCCCACCGGAGGUGGAGACAGUAGCUCUGCAAAGCCGAGCUGCGCUGGACUGGCUGCGAAAGCGGCAGCAAUGCCAGUGACCGUCAGACGUAUUCACGCACAGCAGGAAAAGGAGAAGGGAAAUGAGGUAAUUACCUUUGAUUCCACAUCUUUGCUACGGUUUUAUUAA